UAAAUGAACGCUGCCUGAAAAAUAUCGAGUCAAAACAUCAAUUUUUUUCGUGUUUUUGGCUGAAAAUGUUCAAUUGUGACUCAUAAGCUUAGAGUAACUGGCAUUGGUUGUUAGUUUUUAUUAGGAGACUUUAGUCUCCUAAUAAAAACUAUACAGUUAGUGAUAUACUGAGUUUCAGCUGAUGCAUUAAUCUUAAUAAGAUUCAAUGGCACACGACUGGAAAUCAUGCAUAAAAAUCUAGUUUUGCAUUAGGCCAACUGGCAAUUGAAACAACGGCAAGUAACCGCUUUGUGCGCGUAUUCUUACCAGCUACCAACGACCGGUUUUACAUACAACCAACCAACAACCGCACUCUGAAACGCGUGCGAUAACGCCUUCAUUCCAAAAAAGGAACUGACCGCUAUUAAUUUAUCAUAUUCUUCGAUCACUUCCCUUUUGCGCAGCAAAACGGCUCUGCUGGUCGUUGUCGUCGUCGGCGGUGAUGACGGUGAUUAUGCUGCCUCCCAUAUAUGGCGAUAGCUAAAGGCGUAAAAUUUGAACGUUCGAUUCUUGAGAUUUUCUACUCCAGGUACAGGAAGCAAUUGGAGUUAAAGAGCGUGGCAUCAAUGACUAAGAUGGAGGAAAUGUGCUGAAUCUGCGAUAGGCAUACUUUGCAGGUCAAUUGGCCAGAUUAAUGCCAAUUGAGAUUUCCUUCAGAAGUGCACCGCACUGUCACCGCGUUGCUGUAAGUGACAACGUGGCAAAUUGUAAUCAAGAGUAUGUCGCGUGCGCUGAUUCAUUGUAUUAGCAAAUUAGAUCCACUGAGACGUGAAUCUAUUUGGCAAGCCAGUGCAAGUCGAAAUCUUCAUUCUAGUUGUAACUUUUCCAAUGGACGGACAUACGACAUCCAGGAUGAUCCCCGCGAGUUCCUUAUUCUGGAUAGUUGCUGUUGUUACCGCAACAUCAGCAUCCCCGAUGCAGUUUAACUGUUCAACUGCGCGGCAAAAAGUUUGUGAAAUCACCAAUAUUAUCAUCACGGAGUACACUGAUGUGUCGGAAUGGGAAUUCCCAGAUCAUCCUGAUAUUGCUUUCGGAAGUCACCCAUUGCCAGACGAUUCAACUAUCAUCACGAUGAUCACAAAGGAUGUUUCGGAAAAGCUUACCAACACGCAGAACAUCGAAAUGCAAAACGUUUCACUGAUGUCAUUCUUCCUGUGGGAACAUCUUAUCAGCCUGGACGUGUCGUACAAUUAUCUCUCCGAGCUCAUCGUAGAUCCUUCAGCGAUGUACAACUUGAAGUCUCUUAACAUGAAACAUAAUCGCCUUCAGAGCAUCGAUUUCCUAAAAGGCCUAUACAAACUACGUGAUCUGGAUCUCAGCAACAAUUAUCUGGAGACAAUUGACUUCUCCAUUUUGGACCCAGCAAAAGACUUAGCCACCCUAAAACUCUUCAAUAAUCGCAUCCGAACGAUUACGACGUCCUUCGGAGAUAUGCUACACUUACCACGUUUAACAGUGCUCAUGCUGAACCACAAUCAGUUGUCCAUCCUGGAUGCCAGUCGGUGGCAGUUCAACGUUCUUCAGGAUUUGUUCCUGUCCAACAACCGCCUAUCCUAUAUCAGUAUGUGUGAAAUACAGAACUCUUUUCCACGGUUGCAAACGCUCUACUUGGACGGAAAUCACUGGGAGUGCUCCAAUCUGAACAGCACCGUUUCCCAGCUCCAUGAACUAAACGUCAAACUGGUGAACCAUGGAUCCCACAACUGCACGGAAGCCAUCGAAAACAUUUGCUGUAUGUAAUCGCCCACCAAGGAAACCAGUAUCUCGAUGAAAUUGGCGUUGAACCGAAACUAGUCUAAUGUAAUUUGUCAAAGAUUAAAUCACCCCUAAUAAAGAAGUUGAUAUAUUGA